AUGACAGCGACCAAGUGAUCUGAAAGAUUUCCUUUAUCCAACGUGUCACCCAUCUGACUUUAUCCAGUUUAUUUAAGAUAUGGCAUCUGAGUGCUGUCUCAGUCUCACCAAAUACUUCCUCUUUCUCUUCAACCUGAUAUUCUUUCUUUUAGGAUCACUCCUCCUAUCUCUUGGAUUAUGGAUACAGUUUUCAGAGACAAGCUUUUUCAUACCCUCCCCUCCCUACAUUUCUAGCUCUCUUUACUCCUGCUUGCUGAUCAUCAGUGGCUCUGUGACUAUGACAUUAGGCUUCAUGGGUUGUCUGGGUUCUCUGAAGACUGCCAAAUGUCUGCUGGCAAUUUAUUUUAUUCUUCUGACGGUUCUUCUUGCGGCUCAGAUAGUGGGUGGGGUUCUUCUCUACACACAGAAAACUGAGUUGGACGGUUCACUAAGGCAGCACACUCUUGAUCUAAUACAGUCAUUUGGAAAGAAUGAUUCCAGUCUCCAGGGUUUUGAGAAGACUCUUGAGUACAUUCAGUGGGAGACCAAAUGCUGUGGCUGGGAUGGUAAAGAAAACUGGGAACAGAGAGGCCUUAUACCCUGUUCUUGCUACUACACUGUCAAUGCCACUGUCAACGUGACAUAUGAAAACCAAGCUUUAGAGGCAUGCAGCCCAUGUCCUGCAAAUGUUUCCUUUUCAAACCACACAUGCAGCAUUCAUAAGAAGGGGUGCAGUGAUGGAAUAAAAAAAUGGCUGGAUGAAAAUCUUAUCUUCAUCUUGGUUGCCAUUUUGGCCAUUGCUGUGGUGGAGAUAUGUGGUAUGGCCCUUUCGAUGUGUCUGUAUAAAGAGACAGCAGUGGAUUACAACACAAUUUUUCACUGAGAUGACCAGGAUCACUGAGGGAAAAGCAUCAAAAAUAUUUUUCUUAAUUUAUACAUCUGGUGUUUGCUUAUUGUGUCAUUUUUUAAGAGAGAAAUGUUUUUCUGAACAGUAUUUGACAUUUUUUAUUUGGAUUUAUUGAUUUGUUACUUUUAGAGUUUUUGUUAUUGUUGUUGAUGUUAUGGUGCGUGUUACAUGUUUCUUUCUAGUAUGUGUUUAUGAAAAAUAAAAGCAUACUCAACAUUUGCUUAUAUCUUGAUUCUCAAAAUAGUUGCGUUUUACUGAGAUUGAACUGUGGAGUCGCUGUUACUGGGAAUUGCCUUAUUUGUUCCUUUUGAGAGUUUGCUUUAGCUAUUUGGUAAGAAAGGACUGGGUGCAUCAGGGUGGGACAGUGUAACAUUUCACCAUUGUUGUGCACAAAGAAAUGACCUCAAUAUUGUGGCAAAGUGUGAGAUGUUGUGCUCAUAAACAUGUAUUGUAUGUCUAAGAUUUUUAAAAUAUUUGUCCUUAAACAUAUAAUCAUUUCUGUUCCAAGUGAUUGGCUAAAAUUGUUGUGGUUUGUGAUACGAUUUGCUUCUAUUACAGUUAAACUAUAAUUUUCACAUAAAACUGUAAUUGUAAAUGUAAUAAAACUGUUCCUA